AUGUUUGAGGGGGCUGGCGAAGGUCUAAAUGUGCGUCUCGCUACGUCCAUUAAGCUAUUUUUGGAACCCGACGCCGACCCCUCCCGCAACGACGCUGCCGAUACGAGGGGCAGCGCAAGUUAUGCGUCGGAGGAACUUUUAAGUGUGGCUGAUACGCUAAGAAAGUAUGCUAACACCGAUGAGUGUGCCUCGUCACCGACAGCCGUGGCGUCGGAGGAAAAGAGGUCGCCCACUGCUGCCUUGGCAGCUCCUCUUCGAGGGGAUCGAAAUUUACGCAUCCCCACUCGUGCGAGUGAAGCGCGUCCGCGUUCUGCGAGUAACAAAAUGGGGAAGAAAACCGACCGUGGCCGCAGCGCCGCACGACCAAAAGCUGCCCAGGAGCGAAAGCGCCUCCAUCAAGGCCGCCAAGGUUCAAAGGCGACUAGGAAGCAGGAAUCUGCAAAAGAGAAGCAAAACGAAGUAGUAGUGUCGCGUGCUGCAAGCCGCAGGGCGCGCAAGCACCAGGCACGAGCAACAGCUGUAUCGACACUGAGGGAUUAUACCACGGCCACUCCGGCGAACAGGAAGAGUUUCAUUGAGAGUAUAACAGUAAAUGAGAAUGAAUGUUGGGGUGCUCCACCACUAGAAGGUAGCCCCGAGGCAAAAAAACAAGCACAUACCUCAACCAUGUCUCCUCUCCCACGACGUGUCGCACGAGAGUUGUACCUCAAAGACGCACCCACACUUGAUGAAACAAGUUCACAGGCACCGUCGCAGCAUCAUGGUUUCUACUCUUCCCCCGACCUCACCUUCCCGAGGUGGGAUGGCUUCCCCAACAACAGCAGUAAACCCGUGAACGACGUAACUACCGGUUUGAGCAACGAAGCAGGUGAUGCGUUGUUUCAUCACUUCUGGGGUACCUCAGGAGAGCCGCCCGCAAAUGUUGUUUUCCCUGGAGGCUCAAUUCACCCCUCUAAAAUAACCCGGUUGAAGGAAAAGAGUAGACACAACGACGUGUGGCAUGUGGAGGAUGGCACUCCGGCCGAAAAGGCAAACUUAAGUUCGUGGAAGCAGCCAUUGCAGGAGUUUGGUGAUACCGAGGAGAAGCCAGGGGAGCGGGGGGAGCUCGCCGUCACACUUGCCAACAACCGGAUGACGUACACGGAGACAUUCGAUGACUACCAAAACGUUUUUUACAGGUUGUGGAGCUGCUCUUCCAGCCGUGGGCACAUCGGGUUUUUAAAGAAUUUGAGCGACAAAGCGGGGGCUACGGGCGCGGUGGGAGAACAACCUAACUCUCUCGUUGCUUGCUCUGCCAUUCUGAGGGAUCCACAAGGUUUAUUGGUUAGUAGGAACUUGAAUAGCAUGUUAUUUGCGGUGGGUUCCCAGCGAGGACCUGAAGGUAGUUUGAAGAAGUGGUGGCUGGCAUCCGGUGGUGAUUCGGCAGCUACAUUGGAUAAACAGACGAUACUUGACCAGGGAAGCUGCGUAGAACUUUCUUACGCCGCACGUAUUCUUUAUGUUGCACUGCUGUACAUUCGUACACUCGGCGGGUUCCCGACGCUCCAGCGAAUCACCCCGCUUUCAGAUAGUAGUACCGUUGUUGAAAAGGAGAAUUGCUUGGAACUUGUAUUUGCCACCACACGCUUUUCCCCAGGGGGUAAGAGAGGGAAGGGUAUGCAAGAGGUUAACUUCCGUGAGGAGCGGAGCGUUAUCGUCCGCUCCGUUCUCGCCGAAAAGUCAUGUGUGGAGCGGUUUGGCAAGCGAGAGGUGGUACACGUGCUGCCCUUACUGAAUGAGAGUGUAGGCGAUGCACCAGAGAGAGUCAGCAUGCAAACCAUUACAAGUGCGGCGGCUGACAAGUCAUUCGUAGGAUUUCACCCCAGGUCUGAUAAGCAGCCGACACGCGGGCCGGAACCUUCGUACACUGCUGCGGCCUCGUCCCCCACGUUGAACGGCUCCGCUCUUAAUUCCCUGAAAGAGAAAGCGGUUGACUACGGUGAUAUUGCAGUAGCCUUUUUAAUGAGCGUCGAGGCGUCGAAGUUAAGCGGUGUCCUUCCUGAACCAAUGGAGAUCGAGGGACUACGAUAUCGAGUGUUCAUUUUGGAUAGUUGUAAAAAUUACAGAAAACCACAAGUUAAUGUGUUUAAAAAUGAGGUAGGUAGCGAUACUGAACGGUGGAUAAAUAACAGAAUGGGCGCCUUUGAAAUCGAGCUGUUAAGAAAGCGAGAGGAGGCCCGAGCAGCCCAGGCUGCCCAUCUAGCUCAAGUAUCUCUCCAGGAGAUGCUGCUGAAGAUUAAUGGGCCGUUGGGCCGUUUCCCUUGGUAUCGUCCGAUGACGAUCGCCGAGUCGACGCUGGCUAAAGCGGACAAGGAGUCAUCUGGGACGUAUUGCACUCACUCGGAUGAUGUUCAAACCGCAUUGCCGAGGUUUUACCAACUUCGGCUACCACGUUUGCACCAAGACCUCGCGUACGUGAUGUGCAACCUGUUGGGCAUCUCUCUCACAAUGGUUCCGUGUCCAGCCAGUGGAGGGCAGUCGCAACCAAGUUCUUUCUAUUCGGAGUAG